UUAUUGCCAUUUCCUUUGAGCAUAUAAACUGUACUGAACAAAGACAUGUAUUGAUAUUUUUUCCUUUAUGUCGUUUUUUUUCAUGUCUUUCAUAUUGCGUUUAUAUGUUCGAUAUAUUAAUCAAUUCUGACUGAAUACAAUGCAAACUCUUUUUCUCUCUCAAGUUUGAAAUCCCACAAAGAGUCAGCCCUCUUCAGGACGCCAUUCGUCACAUUUCAUUAAGGACCAACAAAACAGGCAAAUUGUGUGCGAGGUACAUAAAUGCAGUCAAAGGAUGUGAAAUAUUUGCAAAGAGUACAAUCGGCAGAGGACAAUUUGUUGCUGAAUAUCAGGGAUAUAUGAUAAAUGAUGCAGAAUACUAGAGCAGAAGAUGAGUUUACCACCAAUCAUGUGCUGCGUUUAUGUUUGCAUUCAAGUGGAGAGGGAAAACAUGGUGCAAUGAUGCUUCACAAGAAGAUGAGUCAUUUGGGCGACCAGUGAAUGAUGAACACAGGAGGCCAAAUUGCCAGAUGAAAAGGAUUGAUGUGGAUGGUGUGCCACACCUAUGUUUGUUUGCUUUCAAUGACAUUCAAGAGGGAGAAGAAAUGACCGAUGAUUAUGGUGGCGAAGACUGCCCAUGGAGAACACAAAUGACCAGCCUUUACAGUCACAGAUGUGGCUCCUCAACCCUCUGUACUGCCUCAGAGUCAGAUGCAACAUACACCAGAUGACCAAGACAAUACCCAAUGAGACUACUUUAAGAGAAAACUGUUGCGAUACUGCUGGUCCAGGCAACAUACACCAGAUGACCAAGACAAUACCCAAUGAGACUACUUUACAAGAAAACUGUUGCGGUACUGCUGGUCCAGGCAACAUACACCAGAUGACCAAGACAAUACCCAAUGAGACUACUUUACAAGAAAACUGUUGCGAUACUGCUGGUCCAGGCAACAUACACCAGAUGACUAAGACAACACCGAAAGAGGCGACUUUACAUGAACUCUGUUGUGAUAGUGCUGGUCCAAGCAACAUACAUCAGAUGACUAAGACAACACCCAAAGAGGCGACUUUACUUGAACCCUGUUGUGAUACUGCUGGUCCAAGCAAAAUACAUCAGAUGACCAAGACAACACCGAAAGAGGCGACUUUACAUGAACUCUGUUGUGAUAGUGCUGGUCCAAGCAACAUACAUCAGAUGACCAAGACAACACCCAAAGAGGCGACUUUACCUGAACCCUGUUGUGAUAGUGCUGGUCCAAGCAAUAUACAUCAGAUGACCAAGACAACACCCAAAGAGGCGACUUUACCUGAACCCUGUUGUGAUAGUGCUGGUCCAAGCAAUAUACAUCAGAUGACUAAGACAACACCCAAAGAGGCGACUUUACUUGAACCCUGUUGUGAUACUGCUGGUCCAAGCAAAAUACAUCAGAUGACCAAGACAACACCCAAAGAGGCGACUUUACUUGAACCCUGUUGUGAUACUGCUGGUCCAAGCAAAAAAAAAAAAAAAAAAGCUCUGUCAUCCAAGCAGGGCUCAGAGUCAAGCCGCUGCUCCUCCGCAUUGAGAAGAGCCAGAGGAAGUGGCUCAGCCAUCUGUUUAGGAUGCCACCGGGACGCCUCCAUGAAAAGGUGUUUCGGGAGAAAGAAGUGAGAAUGAUAAUCCGUGCCAAUUAACACCCAAGAGACGGACACCAUUUUCAAAUAAAGACAGGCCAUCAUCAGAUGAUGAUGAAAUUCCAUCAAGUAUUCCUGCCAAGAGAUCUUCCUUCAAAGUACUUCUAGGAAAGAGGAAGAGAACUCCCUGGCAGGAAAGCGAAAUAAAGGCAGUGGAAAGGCACAUGAUGGGACUCAUCAAAUCUUUUUGCGUCCCAGGAAAAAUGGAUUGCGAAAGAUGUUUAAGGGCUGAACCAGAAGCCCUUACAACACGAGACUGGCAAACCCUCAAGUAUUAUGUUUAUAACCGCAUUUCGGCUGCCAAAAAGAAAUUGCAGCACAAAUAAGUUUUCAAUCAAUCUGUUGAGGCACUUUUAUUUUCAUUAUGGAUAUUUCACUUUGAAUGUAUUUUAAAACAAUGUCAACAGUUUGUUUGAUGUUUGUUUAAGGUAGACCAUAGGUGUCAAACUCUGGUCCUGGAGGGCCACUGCCCUGCAUGUUUUCCAAGUCUCCCUGUUGCAACACACCUGAUUCAAAUGAUCAGAUCAUCAGCAAGCUCUGGGCAAGCCUGACAUUGAACCUGUUCAUUUGAAUUUGGCUGGAUCUUUGAUUGCAACAACAUGCCAGAAAUGUCUUCCAUUCUCUGAAGCAGACAUAUUCGAGUCACAUGACAUUUAACAAACAAAAUAUAUCAAAAUAGAUUAUUUCAACGAUUAUUAUUCAAAUGAAUUGACUUUCAUUUGACAGUUGGGUUCAGAUGCUUGCCAUUUUUGAUGAGUAAUGCACUUUGUGUGAGGUCCCCAGUAAUCACAUGUACUUGGUAUAGAUCCUGUGUGAAUUAUGUAAAUACAUUUAAAUAUAUUUAAAUUAAGUCCUCAUAAGGCAUGUAAACUGGACUUUUCUGAAGUCCCCAUAUGACAUGGUCCAACCACAUGACUUCAUAAAUUCUGAUAUUUAAAGGUGUUUAUAAGCUAACACCACCACCUUGUGUAUCCCUGAUUUUUUGCAGAGCUCUAUGUCAUUUAGAAAGGGUGGUCCCCGAAAGUGAUGAACUAAAAAGUAGUCCCCACAAAUCACAUAAACCGGUCUGUGUGUGUGUGUGUGUGUGUGUGUGUGUGUGUGUGUCGACAACAGGGAAAA